UAAGUAACCUGCUUCGCAAAUAAACAUUUUUACAAAAAAAGGUGAGUGAAAUAAGUGGAUCAAAAUUUAAAUGUGUUUGAAAUGUAGCACCAAAGGUUUCAAAUAUAAAAAAUCAAAAAUGAAAUUACACUUUAAAAUAUAUGAACGAUUGAAACUUUAUUUUACGGGAAAUGAAUGAUUACUGACAAAGAGAAAAUAAAAAUAUGGGUUUGUAAGGAGGGCAAGUACAGAGAGUGAAUGUCUCAUAUUAUGUACUUGAGAUGGAAAAAAAAGAGAGAUGGGGACCAUGCAUGCAUCCUUUCAUAAGAAAAAUACCAACGUGCAAAAUUAGGAAAGGAAUCAAAUACAACAGAGAGAUUAGGAUACUUCACGAGGUGUCGUCCACUCAUUGGCUCCCGGGUGCCGCUAGAAAUGUUUGCGGUGAGGCGUGACUGAAUUGCUACGUCAGUGGGCCGAAUGGGGGAGUCAGACGGAUGGGCGCACGAAUCAGGCCCAGUUCCUCUCAGAGAAGAAAAAAGAUGUGCCGCGUUGGUUCGCCACGUCGGUAAGUCCAAAACGAAUCCGAUGGGUGCACCAACACGUACGUAUAUCAUCCAACCUCUCUUCAGGUCACGGCUCCUCUCAAUCGUGUGCCGCCCGGUCUCUUCUCGACCAAACACUAUGGAGCCGCCGCGCCGCACCAAGCGCCCCGCCGGGGACGGCGACGACGAUGUGGAGGCGGCCGCCGAAGCACGACGCUACUACGGUGCCGCGCCCUACGACUUCCUCGACGAUGACGAUCUCGAUGGCGUCUCCUCGCAAGGCACCGGCGGCGACAUCGGGUUCCAGGACGAGAGCGACAGCUUCGGGGAGCACGCGGCGCGAGGAGGCACCAAGGAGGAGGCCUGGCUGGGCGCCACCGACGUCGACGGCGAGUCCCCCGGCCCCUCCACCAUGACGAAGCGCGCGAGGAAGGCCCUGGAGAGGCAGGAGGAGGACGAGCGGAUCCUCGAGGGCGUCGUCGCCUCCCGCGCCGUCUUCGACAUCAAGAAGCGGAUCGCCGGCCUCCUCCAGCCCGGCGAGACGGCCCCGCGCGCGCUGCGGAGGCUCAAGGGAGAUAAACGUGGCGGGGGGAAGGGGAUGGACGAGGCGGCGCGGUGCGCGUUCGACGAGCUGAUGGACGCCUCCGCGGAGCUCGUGCGGCGCGGCGACCUCGACGCGUACACGGACGACCGCGAGGCCUUUGAGCGCGGCGCCUGGGACUACGAGCACGCGCGUUGCCGUCGCCGCCUGGCGCGUGAGGCUCCAGAAGACGACGAAGCUGACCAACAGACCGCCGCCGUGACCCGUGACAGUUACGUCGACAUGUUCGGAGACGACACUGUCGGCGCCGGCUCGAAGACCACGGCGGAAUUGUCAAGUGGACACGCAGCUAAUUCUGAACAGCCUGCAGCGCAGCUUGAUGCUUCGAGUGUGGCGGCGGCGGCGGAGGAAGCCGGCGGCGUCGUGGGCUGGGACUACGUGUACGAUCCGUCGUCGGGCUACUACUACAGCGGCAGCACAGGGUACUACUACUACGACGCCGCGUCCGGGUCCGCGUCCACUGGCACAUGAUUCUCCUACGACGUCGACGACGAGACCAGCAGUACUCACGUCGGAAUGUAGGGGCGCAGUGCUGCAAAUGUUUGGCUGAUCGUGUAGUGAUUUUGACGUUUGCUUUUGGGAACAGUUGAUUUCGAACCUUGAACUCUCGUGGACGAUUACUGUGCUACUGUUGUCUGA